AUUCAUCAGCUCAUCAGUUAAAACUCUGGCUUAUCAUAAAACAAAUCUCUCUCAAUCUGUAUCUAGACGUGUUACCUUAAACCCACGCUGAUAAUAUAAGCCUAGGCCCACGUAUAAACACUGAAGCAUCCUCCUUGUUUUGUUUCACAGAGAAGCAAAUGUUAAAAUCAGACAUUCAUUGUAUACUUUGUGGAAGAAAAAAAAUAAGUUUUUGGAACGUGAGUAAAGAGGUGCAAGAAUGAGCAGGUCAGCAUGGACCUAGGCCUCCAGGAUCAAUACUUACAGUUCUCAGAUGAAGGAUGAUCUGCGAAGGAUUAAUUCUGCAGGAACAGGUUGUGAGGUAGGUUUACACCCUCUUAUACGCUGACGGGAUUUUGAAAAAUUAAAGAAUAUGGCACAUUAUUCAAUUACAAACAUCUUUUUUCUUGCCUUACUGACUCCUGUGAUUGGUCAACUAUCAGUAAGUUCAAAUGUCACAUCGGACCUGGAUCCAAUCGAGGAAUCAAUCGUGAAUUCCAUUUUACGAACGGUAGGGGAGAAAUUCGAAUCCCUAAGUACCCGGAUGAGCUCGAUGGAACGUGGACUAAACACAUUGCAGUAUUACAAUCUACGACAGUUCCGAACCGUGAACACACACCUUCACACAUUGGAUAAUCUCUUACAAAAUAUGCAUGCACGCGUAGAACAACAGGAAGUCAGUGAUAGAGAGCUAGCGACAUCAGUGAUGCUUCUAAAAAGAGAAAUCAAGAACAUGGAAAUGACAAACAAAGGGAGUUUUGACAGAAUAGAAGAACAGAUGCUGGCAAUGUCACGUAGUGUUAAUCAGAAUAUGGGGAAUGCCCAGAAGUCUAUCAUUAAUGCUCUCAAUGACACGGUUGCCCAACAGGGCGAGGUUGCAAAUGUUCUCAGAGAAAUUGUGGUCUCGGAGCGGGACAGAACUAAACAGAUAUGUUCUGAGUCACUGCUGAAGGUAGAAGCAAGGAUUGACAAUUUCCAAAACCUGACAAUGAACAAAAUUGCUUACCUGGAAAACGUAACAUUGAACGCUAUAGACAACAUGAAUGUGACGUUGGAUUCGGUGAAUGUGGAUAUUAACGCAACAGCCAGAAGACUUCUGGAAGAAAGAUUGCAAGAAUUCAAUGAUAAUGUGCUUGACUCCAUAAGAUUUUAUCGACAUACAGGGGACCUUGUCGAGCGAAUCGUGGGGGCCACAGAGACAGUGGCAGACGACCAGACACAAAUGCGCGAGGACAUUAGACAUUUCUUGGAGGUUCAAGUUAAUUUGACAAAAGGUAACGUUCAGGACGGAUUGAAACAGGAAGAUCAAACCCCCAGUGAAAUAUCAAACAAAACUUACAAAACAGAUGAUAACAAAUCCCCGGAAAAAUCUUGUGACUUUACUUCGAUUUUAAUGGAGGAAAUUCAAUUAUUGUACAGGAAUGGAUCGCAAGUUUUAGAUAUCAUUGCUGAGAUGACCAGAUCAUCCCAGAAUGAACUAAGAACAACGAUACAACAACUCAACAAUGAAGUGUUCAAACUACAAGAAAUGAGAAGCGAAGAAGAGAAACCGCACCCGGAAAUGCUGAACGGACAGCUUGACUAUCACAUGGAGGAAAUCUCCAAUAACUCGAGAGCAGUAUUCCACAUCGUGGAGGCUAUAGCCUCUAACACGGGGUGGAUUCCGUACAUCUUCUCCAGCUUACAGUUCCUCGAAAACCAAAUUAAUCAAACAUUAUUGACAACGAAGAAAGCGUUUAAAGUCUCUUUAAUACAGGACAAAUUUAACCCCAAAGCAUCACUAGGGCAUGAACAAAAGUAUACUUCAAGACCCCACUUGUCAGACGAUCCCAACCUGAAUGAAAACAAACCUAAGAAUCGGGAGGUUGUUAAAGACGUCCCCAGUAAAGCCUCGGACACUUCAGGUGUGGUUGGUUACGUUAACCAAACAGAGGAGUUUCAGGAAAAGUUUAAUUUUGUUUAUCGGACAAACAGAAAAGUACACCGUCUACUUCCGGCGUUGACUCGACUGCUAGGGGAACCAGAGCCUUUUGUUGCAUUGGUGGAUGGGCGAAACGAGUAUGAAGGUCGAGUGGAGAUCUAUAAGAAAGGCCGCUGGGGGUCGCUGUGUGGACCACUGACUCAUGUCGAGGCUUCCUAUAUCUGUCGUCAUCUGGGCUAUUUGGGAGGGAUUGCUUCGGAACCUGGACAUUUCGGACAAGGAAGCGGGGUGUUCUGGGCAAUGAAUUUCACCUGUCUGUUGUCAAGGCAAUGCACCAUAGCUCUUCCUGUCAUUGACCCCGAACCGUGCAACCACAAGCACGAUUAUGGAGUUAUAUGCGAUCAUAUGAUUCGAUUAUGGUUUGAGCCAAAGAAAGACAAUGUAAUCAAGCGGAAUACUGGCUUCCUCGAAAUACACCACAGAGAAAAAUGGGUGCCAGUGUGUAGCGACACUUGGUCAGAGAACAAUAGUAAUGUCGUGUGUCGCCAGCUGGGGUACAAAGGGGGCGUGGCCAGCAGUCCCACAGAAGAGGUCAUGCCCUAUCAUACAGAUUUGAUCACUUUUUAUCAUAACAUCACGUGUUCCGGAAGUGAAACAAGAUUAACCGGAUGUGAGAAUGGGAAGUGGAAAGCGAACAGCUGUUCAUCGAAAAUACCCGUGUUUAUACAAUGUUCAUAAUUAUUUUAUGCUUUAACUAUUCCUGGACCAUUUACAUAACUGGAUAAACCCAGUAUUUAUGGAUUUUUUUUACACCUGUACAUGUAAGUUAACAGUAAGGCAUCGAGUACUGUAGACAUUGCAUAGAUGCUGCAAUGUGAUAAUCUUGUUAUAUUCAAAGAUGUUAAAUAUUCCUUUUUCACUGAAUCUCUGUGUAUAGAAUAGUACAGUCGUGUAGAUGUUUGUUGAUCACUUUUGUCUUGAAUUAAUAAUGAUACAGUAAAAAAAUAUAUUAAAUAUAUCGGUUGGGCGAUGAGCGGAAAAGUUGAAAUGUGUUUAAAACCUUUCUUUUUUAUUUGUGCUUAAUCUCAUUGGAUGAAUACUGCUUGUAUGUAAUUCAUUGAACAUUUCUAGAAUAAAUCAUAACAAAAUAACAAUAAUAUAAAAUAACUGAUGUACCUUUUUUUCCAUUUUCCACUGCAUUUAAAUCUUUUUUAUUUGAUGAUUAUCUAUUUAUCAUGACUGUAAAGUUUGUUAUUUAUCUUGUUCCAUUACAGAGUGGAAAAUGUGUGUGGGAGGCAGUUAGGCAGCGCCUAGUAGAAUUAAUGUACUCCUUCAACGAUGUUUUCAUGCUCUUCUGUCUAAACCGAUCUCGAUCCUUGGAAAUUCAUCAUUCAUUUCAAUUUUUUGCUUUCGAAAAAAAAAAACCCUCAAGGGAAUAAAGUGCGUUCAGAUGCAGAAGAACCGAGUACAAAACAUGCUAUGUCACUUUGAUAAUUUCAUAAAAUUAAAAUUCAAAAAUAA